AUGGGGAAGAUCAAGAUCGGAAUCAAUGGAUUUGGAAGAAUUGGUCGAUUGGUUGCAAGAGUUGCUCUGCAAAGGGAUGAUAUAGAGCUUGUUGCUGUUAAUGAUCCAUUCAUUACUACUGAUUAUAUGACAUACAUGUUCAAGUAUGAUAGUGUGCACGGGCACUGGAAGCACCAUGAGGUUAAAGUCAAGGAUGAAAAGACCCUUCUUUUUGGUGAUAACCAAGUCAGAGUCUUCGGGUUCAGAAAUCCGGAGGAGAUUCCAUGGGCUGAAGCUGGUGCUGAGUAUGUUGUUGAGUCUACCGGAGUCUUUACAGACAAGGACAAGGCUGCUGCACAUUUGAAGGGUGGUGCCAAGAAGGUCGUCAUCUCUGCUCCAAGUAAGGACGCUCCCAUGUUUGUUGUGGGUGUUAAUGAAAAGGAAUACAAGCCUGAGCUAAACAUCGUCUCCAAUGCUAGCUGCACCACAAACUGUCUAGCUCCAUUGGCCAAGGUUAUUCAUGAUAGGUUCGGCAUUGUGGAGGGUCUCAUGACCACAGUCCACUCCAUUACCGCCACUCAGAAGACAGUUGAUGGUCCGUCAAGCAAGGACUGGAGAGGUGGAAGAGCGGCCUCGUUCAAUAUUAUACCUAGCAGCACUGGAGCUGCCAAGGCUGUUGGUAAAGUGCUUCCAUCCCUGAAUGGGAAGUUGACCGGGAUGGCAUUCCGAGUCCCUACUGUUGAUGUUUCAGUGGUGGACCUCACUGUAAGACUAGAGAAAGAGGCUACCUAUGAUGAAAUCAAAGCUGCUAUCAAGGAAGAGUCAGAGAACAAGCUUAAGGGUAUCUUGGGUUAUACUGAAGACGAUGUGGUGUCCACUGACUUUGUAGGUGACAGCAGGUCGAGCAUUUUUGAUGCCAAGGCUGGGAUUGCUUUGAGCAAGAACUUCGUUAAACUUGUCUCUUGGUACGAUAAUGAAUGGGGUUACAGUUCUCGCGUUAUUGAUUUGAUCCGCCACAUGGCUUCUGUUAAAGCUUGA